CGGGGCACACACGCACUCGGCAAUCUCCAGGGAAUGCCAGCCGGAGUGGGCGAACCCUCCCUCGGACCCGUGGCCCGCGGCGGCGCCGCGUCCCCCGCCAAGCGCCAUUCGGUGGCGGCGAGACCCAUUUCCGCCCAGUCUGCAUCUCACCAUUUUCCAAGCUCCCCAGCUAGGGGUUCUCCCCUCCCGCCGACCGAGCGAGCGACAGGGCUGUGGCCCCCCUCCCCUCCCUUCCCCCCCUUCCUCCCAUCCCCCCCUCCCCGAGACCCACCGGACCCCGAAGCCAGGCCUGACCCGGCAUCAUGCAUCGGACCACCCGGAUUAAAAUCACGGAGCUCAACCCUCACCUCAUGUGUGCCCUCUGUGGGGGCUAUUUCAUCGACGCCACCACCAUCGUGGAGUGCUUACAUUCCUUCUGCAAAACCUGCAUCGUGCGCUACUUGGAGACCAACAAAUACUGCCCCAUGUGUGAUGUCCAGGUCCAUAAAACGCGACCACUGCUGAGCAUCAGAUCAGACAAAACCCUCCAGGACAUUGUCUACAAGCUGGUGCCUGGGCUUUUUAAAGAUGAGAUGAAGCGGCGACGAGACUUCUACGCGGCCUACCCCCUGACAGAGGUCCCCAACGGCUCCAACGAGGACCGAGGCGAGGUCCUAGAGCAGGAGAAGGGAGUUCUGGGCGAUGAUGAGAUUGUCAGUCUUUCCAUCGAGUUCUACGAAGGAGUCAGGGACCGAGAGGAGAAGAAGAGCCUCGUGGAAAACGGGGAUGGGGACAAGGAGAAGACGGGGGUUCGAUUCCUUCGAUGCCCGGCAGCCAUGACCGUUAUGCACCUCGCCAAGUUCCUCCGCAACAAAAUGGAUGUGCCCAGCAAGUAUAAGGUGGAGAUUCUCUAUGAAGACGAACCCCUGAAGGAAUACUACACCCUCAUGGACAUCGCCUACAUCUACCCCUGGCGGAGGAAUGGGCCUCUCCCCCUCAAGUACCGUGUCCAGCCAGCCUGCAAGCGGCUCACUCUGCCCACGGUGCCCACCCCCUCUGAGGGCACCAACACCAGCGGGGCAUCAGAGUGUGAGUCAGUCAGCGACAAGGCUCCCAGCCCUGCCACCCUUCCGGCCACCUCCUCCUCCUUGCCCAGCCCUGCGACCCCAUCCCAUGGCUCUCCCAGCUCCCACGGCCCCCCAGCCACCCACCCUACCUCCCCCACUCCACCUUCAACUGCCGGUGGGACCACGCCAGCCACCAAUGGGGGCACUUCGAACUGCCUGCAAACGCCAUCCUCCACCAGCAGGGGGCGCAAGAUGACUGUUAACGGAGCGCCUUGCCCCCCUUAACUUGAGGAAAGGGAUCCUCUCCUUCAGCAGCCACCUUUCCCCUCCUUUUUACUUUUUCUGGGCCCCCUUUUUCCACCUUUGACUUUCCCUGGCUCCUCCCAUCUUCAGAGUGGGAGGUGGGUUUUAUAAAUAAAUCUAUCUAUCUAUAUAAAUAUAUAUAUGUACAUAGGAAAAACCAAAUAUACAUACUUAUUUUCUAUGGACCAACCAGAUUAAUUUAAAUGCCACAGGAAACAAACUCUGUGUGUGUGAGUGUGUGUGUUUGUGUGUGUGUGUUGGGGUGUUAGGGUCCAGGGGUCUUCUGUAGGUUGCUCUGCUCUUCUGGGGUUACCUGGUAGUCUUAGGGGGGGACAUUGGAAGUACUAAUGCCCUCUAUGUGUCCCUUCCACCUCCCUGGGGCAGAAGGCAUGUCGCGUCCUCUUAGCCCUAGCUGACUAGAUACGGGAUCCAUCUCGACUGCUCCCUGCCCCUGUCCAAGCCCCCCAUUACUGAAUGUCCGGAGACUUGCUAAGACAGUGCCUUUUACAAGUGCAGUUUGUCCUCUGCCUGUGAGGAUCAAGAGGCCUUGGAGAAGGCAUUUCCCUUACCUCCUCAGAUAGUGGAAACCUUGUGCAAAGACUAGACAGUUCUGCCUUUCCCCCGUUCCCUUCUUCUUCCCCCUUCCCCGCCACGGGUGGCCUUUGCAUCCUUUACCUUAUGGAAGAGAAGAGUCCAGCUAUGGAGAGCCCCCAGGCCUGCGAAGUCCUUGUGUGACUUUGGCAUUGUGAACACUUCAUUUCCUCCUGCCCCUACCUACCGUGACCCAGGAACCCACACUAACAGGACUGGGGGAGGGAGGGUCCUAGAGUGGAGAGUUGGGAGGCAGGAGGAAACCCCAGGCAAGCACAGACUCCAGCUCCGCCAAAAAGCCACCAGCCUUCCUCGUCCCCAGCUGAGGCCGGGCAGGGACAGGACAGAGGCACCAGAAGCACAAGGAAAUAAAAGUGUAGGCCAACCCCAGUUCUGCCCAGUGGACCACCUUAUUAGGGCAGACCUCGCCCGCCUGGUUUUCCUCAAGUGUACAUAGCUCUAGGGGGAGGGGGGAGGACGCCAGGGUAUGUGAGGUUCUGAGCCCAUGGGGGGGUCUAUUUGCACCAUGUCCUGAGUCUGAGGUCCUGCGACUGUACCCUCCUGUCCCGGGUCAUUUGUAUCUCUUGGCUUUGUAAUAAACACUGCAUACUCUCUUGA